CAAACCUGUUAGAGGAACAUUUAUGUUAAAUAAUGUAUCUAGUUGGCAAGUCUUGCAUUGGCAUUUUAAAAACACACUUACCUUAGUAUUACGGUCAUUUUUGUCACCUCUAAUUUUGGAAUGACAUUUUAGAAAUGUGGCAGGCUCAUAUUCAAACCGAGGAUCAGAGUAGUACUCUUCUGUCUCUUCCAUCUAAACCAUAAAGAAAGAUAAUGAAAGAAUAAUGAAAGAAAAAUUAACCAACAGGGAACGGUAAAAUGACCGAACUACUUUAUCAGUGGAGCAGUUCGUAUGAUUGACAGGGCGUACCGUGAAUGUUUCUAUUUUCUACUCGACGGGUUCCAAAACGAAUAACAAUAACCUCACCAAAAAAUACCUACAAGACAAACAACACAAAGAAUAAGAAAAGUUCGCGCGAACGAAAAGAAAACAACAGUGACCACCACACGGACACGGAACAAGUAUUCGACGAAUGUUCGCCCGCCACAGGCAGAUGGCUGCCAUAAACGCAGAAGAGCUUGAAAAAAUUUCGGGCGUAUGUACGCUGAUAAGGUUGCUCUCAUUUUGAGGAACUCUUAAGUUUGAACCGCUGCUGUCUCUUCGCUUCAAGGUUGGCAAUGAUGGCCGACAGUUGCCGUUUGACACGAGACGGCGCGUGGUCGGCACGACUUUGACGAGCGACGGGUUUCAUCAAACGUCAACUGAAGAUAUACUCCCGAAUCAAACCGAAUCUGAGUUCAUCCUAGGAUUUGUGCAUCCGUGCGGAAAAAUGUACCGCGCCGCGUGCGAUGACGGCGAAGACGACGAUGAGGCGAUGGAGCAGAGCUUGCGCGUGGAGAUCCUGCGGUACCUGGACCGGAGCAAGCACCUGGCCAGUCUGGAGGCGGCCGGCGUCCGGUACAAGGACAGCGUGCUCGAGAAGGCGUACGACAAGGGCCAGAACAACAUGCCGUCCUUCACGUACGUCGUGGAGUUGGACAUGUUCGAGGUCGCUGACGAGUCUGACGAGCUGUGCACCGCCAUCCUGGAGACGCCCCUGUUCGCCCACAGGCUGUUCAGAGAGGUGGUCCACUGCAGCCUGGUGACGCUGUGCCUCUUGCCCACCGUCGGCCUCGACCAAGUCCAGGUGGUGCUGCGGGUGAGCGCGCUGCCGGCCGAGCAGUGCCUGCGGACGGACGGCGCCAACAGGCGGGCCAAUCCUUCGGUGCCGCGGCUUUUGCUGCUGCAGGGAGUCGUCGCGGCCGUCACCCCCGCCACCAAGUACACCCGGAGCGCCGUGUCGCGGUGCUGCAAGGCACUUUGCCCCGGGUCGGCCGGUCAGCGGGUGUGGGGCUCCACGGCGUCGGCGCGGCGCUGCCGCUUCUGCAACGGCCCCGUGGACGAGGUGCCGCGCGGCCGCGACGUCGGCGAGCAGGUGCUGGCGCAGAUGGUGCGCCCGGACGCGCUGGUCCUGGGCGACAAGCAGCCCUCCGUCCACCACCCCGUCAUCGUGAGGUUCGCAGACGACCUGGCGCGAGCGGAGUUCCUGCAGCCGGGCUUCCGCUACGACGUGGUGGUGCUGGCCGGCAGCGGCGGCCACGCCGAGGCCUGGGGCGUGCGCCCGUGGCUCGACGGCGCCACCGCCCGCGUGCACCGCGGCCUGCGCUCCGCACCCCUGCCCGCGUCCGUCCAGGCCGUGUGGCUGGAAGCGAGCGCCGCCACCGACUCCCCCUGGGCCUUCGCCGUGGCCCUCGCCUCCCAGCUCGGCGGCGGUAGAGGCGGCCGCUACCCGGCGCACGCCUUCCUGCACCUCAAGCUGGGCAUCUUGCUGAGCCUGGCGUCGCAGGUCAAGGGGCCCUCCAAGACCAAGGCUUCCGGCGGCGCCCCCGGGUGCGCCUGGUUCUGCGCGGGGCCGCUGGUGCUGGCGCGGGGCGGCGUGUGUCUGCUGGGGAGCUGGGACAAGUGGCGUCGGUCCAGCGCCGCCACCUGCAUCACCCAAGCGCUGGAGGGCGGCAAGGUAACACUGGAGAGGCGCGACGUGGCCGGCUCGCUGCUGCCUCCAGACGACUCGAGUGUGCCGCUCCAGUGUGCCGUGUGGUCGUACUGGUGUCCAGGAAGCUGGGGCAAGGCCUCAGACCUGCUCACCCUCAAGACGAUCCUCAAUACUUUGGGAGCACCCAUCCUGGCGGAGGCUGUUUGCGAUACGGAAGUGGAAGACAUCUGCCAGCACCUCAUCAACAAGGCCCAACGUCUCCAGGUGUCACCAGCUGUUUCGGAGGGUGAGAUGAAAGAGUUCAUCACUCUGGUGAAUGCUCAACCCAUAACUUUGACAGAUGAGGCUACUCGGCUAAUACGGGAUUACUUUGUAGCCAGCAGACGAGUGCGCCCUAACUGCCUUCCAGUCACAGCUGUCAGCACGAUCGCCGCCAUGGCAGAAGCUCAUGCAAGAAUAUCUUUACGAGUGGAAGCAACAUGGGCAGAUGUGUUGCUUGUUGUAUGGAUGUAUGAAGAAGCUUUUGCUGCUCUAUUUGGUCCCUGCCUUAUAAGCCCACUACCUGAAAUUUGUGCGCAACCUCUUCUCGCAGACCAGAUUAUGUGUCAGAUGGACACACGUUUGAAGAGUAUGAAAGUUUGGCUUGAGAACUUUAUCAAGUCAAUUGUUCUAAGCAGCCUUCGAGCCGAGAAUGAUGAAGAAUGGGUGUGAAGAAAAUUUUGAAAAGAAACCCUUAAAAAUAGACUUUCAUUUUAUUUAUCAGAGGACCAGACCAAAAUAUGAUGUACUACCAGUAUUAGAAGCUUUAUUACCUGACCACACCAUGGCCUUUUAAAAAUUCAGAACGGACGCAGCCAAUAAAUAUACAAGACCACUAUUGA